GGGCGCUGUGUGUGUGUGUUGUAUGGUGGCCGGUCUGUCGGUCGGUGUGAGGUGUCGGUACCGCUCUGGUCGGUGUGAGGUGUCGGUAUCGCUCCGGUCGGUGUGUCAGGCUGGCGGGGAGGCGGCCGGUGUCGGAUCGGUUGGCCCAGCAGAGGCGGAAGAUGUUCUCUCGGAUCUCUUCCAUCCUGCAGCAGGCGGUGGAGGCGCUUGCCCCAUCGCUGCCGCUGCAGGAGGACUUUGUGUAUCACUGGAAAGCCAUCACUCAUUACUACAUCGAGACAUCCGAUGACAAGGCCCCGGUGACGGACACCAACAUCCCCUCUCACCUGGAGCAAAUGCUGGACAUUCUGGUGCAGGAGGAGAAUGAGCGGGAAUCGGGGGAGACCGGGCCAUGCAUGGAGUAUUUAUUACAUCAUAAAGUUCUGGAGACUCUCUACACCCUGGGGAAAGCCGACUGUCCGCCAGGCAUGAAACAGCAAGUCCUAAUGUUCUACACUAAGCUCCUCGGGAGGAUUAAACAACCUUUGCUGCCGCAUAUUAAUGUCCACCGACCAGUACAGAAGCUGAUCCGUCUGUGUGGAGAGGUGUUGGCCAAUCCAACGGAGAAUGAAGAAAUCCAGUUCUUGUGUAUUGUGUGCGCCAAACUAAAACAAGACCCAUAUCUGGUCAACUUCUUCCUGGAGAAUAAGGUGAAGCCCCUUCCAACAAUCGGAUCUUCAAACAGCCUCGGAGGACUUGUUGGGGGCGGCAUUGUGGAAGUACCUGCUAAUGACACAGGGCAGUCUCCUCCACUCGACCCCAGUGUUGGAGCAGAGGCAGGUGAGACUAAGAAUGUACCAGCAGCCCCUGCCAGUCUUGGCUCUACAGAUGAUGGGGCUGAAAGUGGAGUAUCGACCAAACAUGUACAGCAGGACUAUAACCUGGUGAAUUCCUUACUCAACCUGACCAAGAGCCCGGACGGCCGGAUCGCGGUGAAAGCCUGCGAGGGCCUCAUGUUGUUGGUGAGCCUGCCAGAAGCGGCUGCCGCCCAGUGCCUUACACAGAACACCAGUUUAUGUGAGCUGCUCACCAACCGGCUGACCUCCUUAUACCGUGCUCUGCCUCAGUCCAUCGACCCACUGGAUAUCGAGACUGUGGAGGGGAUUAACUGGGGCCUAGAUUCAUACAAUGUUAAGGAAGAUGCUUCAGCCUUUCCAGGGAAGAGAGCGCUCAUCUCCUUCUUGUCCUGGUUCGACUAUUGUGACCAGCUUAUUAAAGAAGCUCAGAGGAUGGCAGGUGCCACAAUGGCCAGGUCUGUGCGGGAGAGAUUUUUGGUUGGUGUGAUGGAGCCUCAAUUAAUGCACACGUCAGAGAUUGGCAUUCUUACAGCCACAUCGCUCCUGCACAGGAUAGUGCGGCAGGUGACAUCUGAUGCCCUUCUGGAACAGAUUGUCUAUUUUCUGCUGGGUGAGGAUCGAGACCCUGAGACACUGAGCGGGAUCCAAAAAAUUCCACUCCGCCAUCGUCUGAUUGAACACUGCAACCAUAUCUCUGAUGAGAUCAGUAUUAUGACACUUCGACUGUUUGAGCACCUUCUACAGAAACCCAGUGAGCACAUACUCUAUAAUCUGGUCCUUCGGAAUCUGGAAGAAAGAAACUACACAGAGUACAAACCGCCCUGUCCAGAAGACAAAGACAUCGUGGAGAAUGGGCAGAUCGCUGGAGCUGUAGAUUUGGAAGAAGACCCAAUUUUUACCGGUAUGUCUCCUGAAAAUACACUGUCCAAGGAGUGGCUGAGCUCCUCGCCUCCUGUCACCCCCGACCACCAGAAGAAUGAUGGGAAGACAGAGGUGCACAAGAUUGUCAAUAGUUUUCUCUGUCUGGUCCCUGAUGAAGCCAAGUCCUCUUACCAUGUGGAGGGCACCGGCUAUGACACUUACCUCAGGGACGCACACAGACAGUUCCGGGAUUACUGUGCAAUAUGCCUGCGCUGGGAUUGGCCUGGCUUAGCAAAGGCCAUUGAGAAGUGCAAUUUAGAGGCUCCAUUCUUCGAGGGACAUUUCCUGAAAGUCUUGUUUGACAGAAUGGGAAGGAUACUAGACCAGCCCUAUGAUGUGAAUUUACAGGUUACUUCAGUGUUGUCCAAACUUUCCCUCUUCCCUCAUCCCCACAUCCACGAGUUCUUGCUGGACCCCUACGUCAACUUGGCCCCUGGGUGCCGCUCCCUCUUUUCCGUCAUUGUUAGGGUGGUGGGAGAUCUGAUGGUGAGAAUCCAGCGUAUCCCAGACUUCACCCCAAAACUCCUGCUUGUAAGGAAGAGGCUACUGGGGUUUGAGCCGGACGGGCCAAUAGUUGAUCACAUGACUCUGUUGGAAGGAGUGAUUGUCUUGGAGGAGUUCUGUAAGGAACUAGCUGCCAUCGCCUUUGUCAAGUUUCACAGCUCUACUACCCCUUGAUGUCUUCGACACCCUCCGAUGAUGUCACAACUACGAGACCAAAUCUGUUUUUAUUUGUUUUUAAUCAUUGUGCAAGGACCAAAUCUUGGAAAGAAGGGAAUAUUGACAAAGUCUGUAGAGGGGCCCAGUGCUUAGUCGCUGCUCUCUCCUCCCACGUGGACCUGAUGACGCGUGACUAAGGGAAAAGCUGUCCCUCAUUGUCCAGGAGACGCUUUAAUGAUGAGUUCUUCCGUUACAAUUGAGUGUUUUACAGAACUUUAAUCGUGCCGGGAGUUCUAUCUGAUGUCUGGCUUCUGCGCAUAAAAAAAAAAAAUUGUGUUAUUUUAAUUUCCUUGGAAUUACCUUUAAACCUGACUUUGCUGACGCAGUGGAAGGGGUUAAUUCCGAUGACGUUUACAUUACAGCGUGGUAAAUUGAGUGAGCAAUAUUACCACAUUCAUGGUCGUUAAAACUUUUACUUCACUUUAAGGGGCGCAGAGCCUGGAGCUGUUGGCUUUAAGGCAUCACUUUGCAAAAAAAAAAAAGUUUUAAAAUGCAUAUAUUUUAUAAUUAAAAACACGCCGACGAACCUCUCCAUCCAUAUAAAAUCUUUGUAUAGAAGCGCGUUUUGCUGUAUUUUACAACCACCACUGCAGCCUUGCUGUUCUGCAACAGCGAAAACGCACUCUGCCGCAGUGGAUAAAAUGGACUCCAUAGUAACCACAUGAUCCACCGCCAUUUUAUACCCCUCAUGAGAGAGCACAGCUGGACUGCAUUAUACAUAACCUGCUCUGGUGCCCAAUUGUGUCGCUAAUUAAUGUGCUGCUAGAUUCUAUACUGCCACCUGAUUUUUUUGUUUUUACUAUUUUAAGUCACUUUUCUUUGUUUUUUUUCUUUUUUUUAUUAAUGUUGCAAAAGUCUUUUUUUUGCGAUGCAAGGCUUGUAAAAAGAUAAUAUAUUUCAGGAGGGGAUGUGAAACAUUAGAUGUCGGAAACAGUGUCUUAUUUUAUCAUUUAUAUUCUGUAUAUAUGUAGCGUAUGAAUUGUAUUAUACAUGCAUAUAAAGCUUUUCCCUUGAAGGCGGUCAUUCAGA